AUCUUUACCAAACGGCGAACGUUGAAAACGCAAAUCUCUCUGUCUCCGUCUCUAUCUCUCUUUCUCUCUCCAUCGCUUCAAGCUCGCCGGAGUUUAAUAAUGGCCGCCUCCGUGCCGGACAAUCUCUCUCGCGAGCAAUAUGUGUAUCUAGCUAAGCUUGCCGAGCAGGCUGAAAGAUAUGAGGAGAUGGUUCAGUUCAUGCAGAAACUUGUUCUUGGUUCAACCCCAGGCUCCGAGCUCUCUGUCGAGGAGCGAAAUCUUCUCUCUGUUGCUUACAAGAACGUGAUUGGCUCACUUCGAGCUGCUUGGCGGAUUGUCUCUUCUAUCGAGCAGAAGGAGGAGAGCCGUAAGAAUGAAGAGCAUGUUGUUCUUGUUAAGGAUUAUAGAUCAAAGGUUGAGUCCGAGCUUUCCGAGGUCUGUGCUAGUAUUUUGAAGCUUUUGGACUCGAAUCUAAUUCCAUCGGCAUGUGCUAGUGAGUCUAAGGUCUUCUACUUGAAGAUGAAGGGGGAUUACCAUAGGUAUAUGGCGGAGUUUAAGGCUGGGGAUGAGAGGAAAGCUGCUGCUGAGGAUGCUAUGCUGGCUUAUAGGGAUGCUCUGGAUGUCGCAGUUGCGGAUCUUGCACCCACUCAUCCGAUAAGGCUGGGUCUGGCACUCAAUUUCUCUGUGUUUUACUUCGAGAUUCUGAAUCAGUCCGAUAAAGCAUGUAGCAUGGCCAAGGAGGCAUUUGAGGAAGCCAUCGCUGAGCUGGACACUUUGGGUGAAGAAUCAUACAAGGACAGCACCCUCAUCAUGCAGCUGUUGAGGGACAACCUCACGCUCUGGACUUCAGAUGCGCAGGACCAGUUAGACGAGUCGUAGAAGGUGGCAUGAGCUCGACCUGUCCUGUGAUUGUGAAUGGUGGGGGAGGAGGAGGUGGGCUUCAAAUGUCAUUUGCUUAUGCUAUUUAAAAUGUGUGAAUCUGGAAAUUAAACACAUUGGUCUGUGCCUGAUGUCCUUGUACUCAGACUAGCCUUGAUCUUCAAUUCCGAAGUUCCAAAAUUGGUGGGUUUUUCUUCUUUCUUUUCAUCUUUUCAUCUUUUCUCUUCUUUUUUUUUUUUUUUUCCGAUCCAGAUGGGUUCUUUUUUACCUUAAAAAGAAUCAGAUUGAAACAACAUUUUAGGUUCAUUCUCUUUAAUCUCAAGGUUGAUAAUCAUAUCAGGUAAUUCGGUUGAA